UGAUAAUGCUUGCCACUUUAUUUCCCUUCCUUAUUCUUUUUUCUGGUCGGCUUUGGAUAUCUUAUAAUCUCAUGCAUACACAUACACUUCAUCUCAAUUAUAGAUGGCCAUCCAUUCCAAAGCAAAUUCCCUUUGUCCAACCAAAAUUACUUUUCCUCUAACCCCUCUUUCUCUCUCUCUCUUUCUGGGGUGUGCAUGUGUUAAUUUUUUUGUUUGAAGAAGAUUCCUUGCAUGACCCACAUCUUUAACCUUUCAAAUAUUCCCAUCUUCCAUUUACAAAUGAAAACCCAGAAGCGAUUCUUUGCGCACUUCCAUCCUUCCAAAAUUCCAUACAAGUAACCACCAUCUUCUUCUCUUCUUUCUCCCUCCAUUUCUCAUCCUCAACCAUGGUUCCUGAGUUGGAGAAGCCUCGAAUUACUGAGAUACAAGUCCGUAUGGACUGUAAUGGGUGUGUACAGAAGAUCAAAAAGGCGUUGCACGGCAUAAACGGGAUAUAUGAUGUCUAUAUUGAUUUCCCCCAGCAAAAACUGACAGUAGUUGGCUGGGCAGAUCCAGAAAAGAUUGUCAAAGCUAUCAAGAAGACAAGAAAGAUUGCCACCAUCUGUGCCCACAGAGAAACAAGUACUGAGACCCCAGCUCAACCAUCAGAACCAGCACCACCUGAAGGUGGUGGACAACCAGCCCCUGAUGCUGCAAAAUCUCCACCUGCAGAAUCCCCACCCACUGAAACAGCUCCACCGGCAGAGCCACCCAAAGACCCACCACCACCUGAAAAUCCGGCACCUGAUCAGACGACACCAUCACCCGUAGCUGCUGAUACUGCUGUGCCCCAGCAAGUUCACAACCAUGGUCUGAAAGACAUCGAAAAUAUCCAUGUAAUACAUCACCUUCCACCUGACUAUGGCUAUGGCUACAGCAAUGGUGGGCAUUGGAACAACUAUCCUACUGGACACGAUUUCCGACCUGAGCCACCCGUUUAUCUCACUCACAGCUACAACACCUAUAAACCAUUCCCUUCCAUUUCUGAAACUCACAGCUACAACACAUAUAAACCAUCCUCUUCCAUUUCUGAAAAUGAGUACUUUCAGUCACCUCAACACACCACCCAUUACAGUCGGACGGAGCACUACAGUGAAGAUUAUCAUACCCGUAGUAACAGUGGUGGGAACAACAUCACUUCAAUGUUUAGUGAUGAGAAUCCAAAUGCUUGUAGAAUAGUCUAGAGGGAUAGAAAGAGAGGCUCGUAUGAAAAAGGCUUUCUUUCUUUUGCCCUUCUAAAGAGAGUCCUUGCAGAAAACUAAUGGAAGAUUAUUUGUGAAGUAAUUCAUAGUAUUGAUGGAUCUAAUUUCUAAAGGUAACCUUUUUUGAUAAGCUUGUGAUAAUGUUGAAAGAAGAAUGAGAUUCUUAGAUUGUAAAUGCAGGAAGAAUUGAUCCUGCAUUCCACUAUAAGAAGGUUAGAUAUCCUGCCUGGUGCUCAUUU